CAAACACAAGGGUAGGAAGGCAGUGUGCUGUGGGAAAGUGCUUGUGUACAACUCGUGGAGAGAUUUUCUAUGGGGCUGAAGUCAGGUGACUGUGAUGGGCCUGUAGAAUCUUCCAGGACUUCUUCUGCAACCAAGCCUUGGUGGAAUUUGAGAUUGACUCUCCUAGGAGUGAGGCAGUGCCAUGGCGAGCGACAUAGUCCUGCUAAUGAAGGGUCUGGCCAAGCUGAGCCAGGCAGUGCUCGAGACCCAGGCGAGUGCCUUGAAGAGUGGAGGAGCCGUGACACAAAGCAUGAAAAUGACAGCAGAGCAGGCCAUGAGUGUGGCCAUGCAUAAAAUACAGGAAUUCACCGGCCAGCAGCAAAGUGUGACUGACUUCAGCACAGGCAUGGAUGAUAAGUAUGAUUUUUCCAGUGAGGAGGGCUACAGUGAGGGCGUGACGCAGAUGGAGCAAUCUGAUAACACAUUCACGGAUGACAGUGUGGAUGGUGCUAGAACAUCCUACCACUCAGUAGGCAAAUCAAAUGUUUUUGAACACUUUAAGGAUCCUACGAAGCAGUUCACAGGGACUCGCUCGUAUCACCAGGAUCAUUCGUCUGUAGGUGGGCUCACGGCCAAAGACAUCAACAAAGCCAGGGAGGCCAAGCAGAGCAUCAGCAAACCCCAUAAACAAAUGCUGAGCGAGAGAGCAAGGGAGCAAAAGGUUCCUGUGACACGGCUGGGAAGAUUGGCAAAUUUUGGAGGUCUUGCAGUGGGUCUAGGCAUUGGAGCAUUGGCUGAGGUGGCCAAGAAAAGCCUGCGUCCAGAAGAAAAGAAUGGAGACAAAAAGGCUGUUUUAGACUCCAGCCCAUUCCUGUCUGAGGCCAAUGCAGAGCGUAUUGUCAGGACACUGUGUAAAGUGCGUGGAGCGGCACUCAAACUGGGACAGAUGCUUAGCAUUCAGGACGAUGCUUUCAUCAAUCCUCACCUAUCGAAGAUCUUUGAGCGGGUCCGUCAGAGUGCAGACUUCAUGCCCAUCAAGCAGAUGAUGAAAGCUCUGAAUAAUGACCUGGGCCCAAACUGGAGGGACAAACUGGAGAUGUUCGAGGAGAGACCCUUCGCCGCUGCCUCCAUCGGGCAAGUGCAUCUGGCCAGAAUGAAGGAUGGCCGAGAAGUAGCUAUGAAGAUCCAGUACCCCGGAGUCGCACAGAGCAUCAACAGUGACGUGAACAACCUGAUGACUGUCCUUAGCAUGAGCAACGCCCUGCCUGAAGGUCUGUUUCCAGAGCACUUGAUGGAUGUGAUGCAGCGAGAGCUGGUCCUGGAGUGUGAUUAUCUCCGGGAGGCCGAGUGUGCCCGCAAAUUCAAGAAGCUCUUGAAAGAUCAUCCCUUCUUCUAUGUGCCUGAGGUGAUUGAUGAGCUGAGCAGCCGGCAUGUUCUCACCACUGAGAUGGCGCAAGGCUUCCCGCUUGAUCAGGCUGAGGGACUCUCGCAGGAGCUCAAAAAUGAGAUUUGUAAGAACAUUCUGGUUCUCUGCCUGAGAGAGCUGUUUGAAUUUCAGUACAUGCAAACAGACCCCAACUGGUCCAACUUUUUGUAUGACCCACAAACCCACAAGUUGGCAUUGUUGGACUUUGGUGCAACUCGAGGCUUCGAUCAGAGUUUCACAGACUUCUAUAUAGAGAUCAUUAAGGCAGCUGCAGAAGGGGACAGAGAAGGAGUCCUAAAGCACUCAGUAGAUAUGAAGUUUCUCACUGGAUUCGAGUCUAAGGCAAUGGAGAAAGCUCAUGUGGAUGCAGUGAUGAUCCUGGGAGAGGCAUUUGCCUUGGACGAGCUGUUCGAUUUCGGUGCUCAGAGCACUACAGAGCGCAUCCACAGUCUGAUCCCAGUCAUGCUGAGGCAACGGCUCACGCCUCCUCCUGAGGAAACCUACUCGCUUCACCGCAAGAUGGGUGGCUCCUUCCUUAUCUGUUCACGCCUAAAUGCCAAGCUGAACUGCAAAGACAUGUUCGAACAGGCUUACAGCAACUACUGGAGCAAGCGGAAGAAGGCAUCCAGCCAGUGAUUGACUGCAUGUAGCCAAUCAUAGGCCAUCAUGUCAUGAGUUUGGGCAGGCCAGUGACGCAGCUCAGUAACAAAUAUAAACAGAUUUUUUAACACUAUUUAGGCUCGCCCUACCUGCUGAGCCUGAAUCAUAGAUUGAGUUUAUUCUGUUUUAGGGUGUACGUUAUCCAAGAUUAUGUGGCUUGUCUUCUUUUGACAGCAUUUCUAGGUUGUCAUUCAGGUGGAUAUUGCGUGACUAUGUGUAAUGUGACUAUGCAAUAGUAUAACCAUGUGAAGUGGUUGCUUCGAAUGAUAUGGAUAUUUUACUGUAAAAGAGAAUACAGUAAGUGGAGAAAGUUGUAUAUUUGAUAACUAUACCAGCAGGUUGUGUAUCUUAUUUGCUGAAUCACUUUUGUGUUUUUGGAGCUUAUCUCCAGACCAUGCAUAUGCAUAUAAGUUUGUUUAAGAUUCAAUUUUUUUUUUCUUAAAUGUGUGAUUCUUGCACAAAGAUAAAGUCAGGACCAGGCCAAGGCUCUACAGAGGGGAAACAAUGGACUAUUCAUGGUUAUUAACAAUCCUUUAUGUGUUACAAUAUCCUCCAUGCGGACAGAUUUGGCCAGUAGUUUAAUGUCAAAAAUCUAUUUUUGUACCCUUAAAAACUUGCAAGUGUUUAUCUUCUGAGAAUUUUGCAAUGAUUUAAUAUUUUUGAAAUAUUAAUCGAUAAUGCUAUUUGGUGCAGUGAUCUACAGUGUCAGUAUCUGUAUUAUGAGACAUAACCCAGAUUUUCAUUAACUAAAAACACCAUUACUGAAAAUCCUGUAUCUAAAUUUAACUGUUUUUCCUUUUAAUAUCCUGAUUCGUUUAUAAAUGACAAAUUAUUGUGACUCAAAUUUUUGAUGUAUGAUUAUAUGUGGUAAAUAACGUGCCUAUAAUGUGGAGAAUUAUUCAGUUUUUAGCAUAAACUAAACUUUGUGGGCAAUCAGUUUUUAAUAUGAUUUCAGUGGUAUUCAUUAAAAAUAAUCUUGUGAUAAACUUUAAUAUAUCGCAAGGAAAUAUUCUGA